AUGGCGCCGACAAAUGAUAUCACAUCUCGAGUUGAUAGUGUCAAUGAUGAGGAUCCUACAGAGAAGAGUAAUUCGGAGCUCAACAAGCGACUUCUAGCGGUUGAAUGGCACGAAGAUGAGGAAAAGACCAUCCUGCGGAGAUUGGAUCUUUAUCUAAUUCCUUUAGUUAUGAUUAUGUUCUUCACCUUGAACUUGGACAGAGGCAACAUCUCCAAUGCUCUUACGGAUAACAUGAUGAAGGAUCUCUCCAUGACCCAGGAAAUUGUCAACACGGGAAACAGUCUCGUCUACGUCGGUAUCUGCAUCGGAGAUAUUCCCGCAAAUCUCAUGAUUCAAAAGUUCGGUGCCGAUAUCUGGCUACCAUGUCAACUUCUCGCUUGGGGUCUCGUAGCCACCUUCCAAGCCUUUAUCAAGAAUAAGGCUGGAUUUCUAGCAACACGUUUCUUGCUCGGUCUAUGUGAAUCGGGUUUUAUUCCGGGUACAUUAUGGUAUCUAACAAAAUGGUACACGAAACGUGAGCUAGGGAAGAGAACAGUGUUAUUUUUCAUCGGGAGCUACAUGGCAAACUUGCUCAAUGGCCUUAUCGCAUACGGUUUACUGCGACUUCGUGGAAGAGCUGGGUUGACUGGAUGGCAGUGGCUUUUCCUUGUUGAUGGACUCGCUACUCUCACGAUAGGAAUGGCUACACUUUUUCUCCUUCCCCGUGAUCCCAGCCGUGGAAACUCGAUUGCCAAACUUACACUUUCAUCCUUUAGCCCUCGCGAAUCUGAAAUUCUUCUCGGACGUAUCGCACGUGAUAAUCCAUACAACACCGACCCUCGAGAUUCCCAUCUCUCUCAAUUUCAAAUUGUGGUUUCGGUUCUCACAGAUUGGAAAGUAUGGGCACAUUGUGCGAUGGCUUUGCUCGGAUUAGAAUAUUCUCCUCCCAUUGGAACAUACUCACCAUCCAUCAUCAAGAGUUUUGGAUUUAGCACUUUCAAUUCGAAUCUACUGGUCAUUCCAAAUAGUGCUCUCUUGAUCAUCACCACAUUUACAUUAUCAUGGUGGAGCGACAAGGUCAAUUCAAGGAGUAUACCGAUUAUAUUCGCCGCAAUAUGGUUACUCACCGGUCUCAUCGUCCUCGAUACCCUCCCCCACACCAAAAGCAACUGGACCUUCUACGCUUUCCUCGUAUUCACCGGCGGAUCACCCUCCUGGCACCCCCUCAACGUAGCCUGGCUCAACGCCAAUCAACCGACGCCCCGUCGUCGCGCUAUCGCUAUCGCGCUUUAUAUGGCCAUGACUAAUCUGAGCGCAGUGCCCGCUUCGCAUAUUUUCCAGGCAAAUGAUAAACCGUAUUAUCAUAAGGGGUUUAAGGUACUUUUUAUCAUGGCGGCUAUGGCGAUUAGUGUGAUGGUGGGAAUGAGGCUGGCGUAUCAGUGGUUGAAUAGGAGGAUUGGGGAAGGGAAGGGGACGGUGGAGGGGGGGAGUUAA